AUGCGCCUUUCUAUAUCCUGCGAUUCUUGUCGGAAAGCGAAAGUCAAGUGCUUUCAUGAGGGCCGUCCUCCAUGCCGUCGAUGUCAACGAGGAAAUAGACAUGGUUGUGUACUCACAGAUCCGCGAGCGUCACCGUUACGGCCACAGGGAGAAUCAUUGAUUGUCCAGCGUAAGAGAAAAUCUGCUUCUAGGGCUGUGGUUGAUAAUGCCAUUCCCAAUCUCGUGGACUCCAGUGAUGAGCCCCAACUUCUGCCUCCCAACCCGGUUGCCUCUCUAUCUCCGUCUACUCUCAUCAGCGCCUGUGACACCUACCGUAAGAAGUUCCCUGUAGCGAACUUUCUUCACUAUCCGUCACUUAUUGCCAACGUAUCGGCCAAUCCCUCUUCUGUGGACUCGGUGUUCGUUGCCUCAUUGCUUUCCCUCUGUGCCCGCUUCCUUCCGGAGUAUAACCUGGACCUCGGUGAAACAUAUGCAGAGUAUGCACGCUUGGAGCUGGCUCGGAAAGCCUUCGAAACCCCCUCAUUAUCCCUGGCACAGUCUUUGGUGAUGCUUGUAUUCUACGAGUGGGGUUCGGGGCGUCCAUACAAAGCGUGGAUGUAUAGUGGAAUGGCGACUUACAUGAUACAGUCAUUGCUGAAGACAGCAGAUGAUAGCAUGGAGCACAAUCCAGAUGAAUUUAAUGACUCUCAAAUCCAGUAUGAGCAGCUUGUCCGCACGUAUUGGGUCUGCUUCGCCCAAGACUGCGAGCUAAGCUCAGGAGCCCGCCAACAUUUCGCCCUCUCCUUUCGCCAUAUUUCCGUUCCCCUACCAGUCAGCGAUUAUGAUUUUAAUUUCGGCCGCCGGGGGCCACCUAGAUUGAUGCCAGCGGAUCUUACUCGAGGCUCCCCGCUGUGUGUGAAAUUGACUAUCGAACACGGCUUGACGGUCGUGACGCGCGGUUUUGAUAUAUUCGUGCGCAUCUUACGCUUUGCUAAUGAAAGUCGUCGCGGUAGAGUGUCGUUAAUGACGACGGCACUGUCAUCACCACAGCAAACCUGGCAAGUUCUCAAAGAAGAGCUAGAUGAAUGGAGAUCCCUACAAGACUCGACUCUUCAGUACCCGGCUACCAGCGUUCAAGUGCAUGUUGCUCUCGGAUACGGGGAGCUCUUUGCUUAUAUCAAUCUGAUACAUUUCAUGAGCAUCCUUUUCCUCUACCGGGACCAGCUUCUGUCCAGAUUAAAGCAGAUCCAUGAUCCACACCACGAUCCUCAGCCUUCAACUGGUUUGGACGGGUCCGCUUGGAGCGAAGAUGCGCUUGACUGCCUUUUUGAAGCAGCGCAGAAUAUUGGAGGUAUUUUAUCAGCUCUAGAAAGCUGUUCAACGUCCGUCAUCACUCCAUAUGCCGGGUUCAGCGUCUUUGUUGCUGCCCAUAUAAAUAUGUACGGCACUGUAUCACCACUGCGUUAUCCAGGUGGACAAGAGCGCGCGAAGGACGAGAAGAAGGCUAAUUUUUCGUAUCUCGAGCGGCUGUGCAAAUUCUGGCCGGUUGGUCACAACUGGUGGCGAGCUGUACAGGACGCAAACAAGUUCUACGAAACGGCUAGAAAUAACCAGGAACAUGCAAUUUCAGGUGAUCGUCCUGGCCAUAUAACUCUAGCAGGGACUCUUGAUGAAUAUGGGGACAUACGAUCUUCUCGUCCGCGGAAUGAGCUGUCCUCGAAUACGAGCCACAUUCCGCUGCAUAGGGGACUAACUGACUCCCCUUCUCAGUCUCGUUUGCCGUUCAAUGACCAGUUUAUAUUGGAUGCUCAGGAAUUGGAGACGGACAUGUUGCAAUGGCCCUUUAUUGACGAAACUUGGUCAUCUGGGUUUGAUACGGGGUUUGACGCCGCGUGGCCUAGUUUUGGCUAA